UCCAGAAGUGAUUAUUUGACAAGACUAACUAACUGUCUUUAGGUUCAAAUCCAACGGGUCAUACUCCAACACGUGUGUAUUGACAAAUAUCUUCUAUCUUCACCAUCUCCAUCCGAAAGUUAUAGUAAAACUAACUAAUAUUAGUCUUCUUCACUUUUCAUCUGUGUCAGAAGAAGACUCAGAACGUGUAUCCAACGAUCAGCUCAACUACUCUCUCUUUCUUCUUCUUCUUCUUUCUCUCUUCUUAGUGCAUUCAUUCCUUUUCUCCAGCUGUGUUGUCCCAGUCUCUAAUAAGAAGGGGGAAAAUACCAUUUCUGAUUAUUAUUUUUCUUCACUAAAUUGGUGGGGUUCACCACACACCAAUUCUUCGUAUUCCUAGUAAAUGCAGUUCUGGGUUCUUCAGAAAUGCUCCAAGAACAUUUACUACAGUGUGUUCGGAUCAGCUUCUGAAACCAACAGUCUGUUCUAAUGGCUGUUCCUAGUUGGGUUGUCGGUGCUCCUCAAUUGGGUUUGAGUAGGAGAGAUUUGGUUUCUCCCAAAUAUCCUGCGUUUGGUUUCAGCUAUAAAAACACAAAUGCUGAAAAUUUUCGUAAAUGGGAAUGUUUUAGUGUUUUGGGAAGUUUAUGUGUUCAAAAUUUUCAGAGGGGUUUAACAGCUAUAGAGGAGGAUAGUUCAUCAUCGAUGUCAGAUAUUUGUCAAGAAGAGUGUGUUAAACGUGAGGAAUUACAGAAGAGCUUCACUUCUCUCCCAAGAGCACUGUCUGUAAGCAAUCUUUCCGCAUCUGCCGGUGAUGGUUCGAAGGAGCGGGUAGCAUAUAAGGGGGUACCAGGAGCAUUCAGUGAAGUCGCUGCCCUUAAAGCAUACCCUAAAUGUGAGGCUGUUCCUUGUGAUGAUUUUGAAGCAGCGUUCAAGGCAGUUGAGCUGUGGCUGGUCAACAAGGCAAUACUUCCUAUUGAGAGUUCUAUAGGUGGAAGUGUACAUCGAAAUUAUGAUUUACUCCUUCGUCAUAGGCUGCACAUUGUGGGUGAGAUACAGUUAGUUGUCAAUCACUGCCUCAUGGCACUACCUGGUGUGAGAAAAGAAGAGCUCCACCGUGUUUUAAGUCAUCCCCAGGCACUCACUCAAUGCGAAAUCAGCUUGGGUAAGUUGGGAGUUGUCAAAGAAGGUGUAGAUUCCACAGCUGGUGCAGCUCAAUUUGUGGCCUCAAAUUCCCUAAGGGAUACUGGAGCUGUUGCUAGUUCUAGAGCUGCACAACUGUAUGGGCUUGAUAUACUCGCAGAAAAAAUCCAGGAUGACUCAGAUAAUGUCACACGUUUUCUGAUACUUGCGAGGGAGCCUAUAUUUCCAAUAACUGGCAGACCCUUUAAGACAAGCAUUGUCUUCACUUUAGAAGAAGGCCCUGGAAUACUAUUUAAAGCUCUAGCAGUUUUUGCUAUGAGGGACAUUAAUUUGACAAAGAUAGAGAGCAGACCACAGAGAAAUCGACCUUUACGGGUUGUUAAUGACUCAAAAAAUGCGGGUGCGAAGUAUUUCGACUACCUUUUCUAUAUUGAUUUUGAAGCUUCAAUGUCAGAGCCUCGCGCACAACAUGCUUUGGGACAUUUGCAGGAAAUUGCAACGUUUCUUCAGGUUCUCGGUUGUUAUCCCAUGGAUGUGUCUCUGUAAAUGUGGUUCUCCAGAUGUAUCUUCUCGUAUCAUUAUGCUUUGCAGAAACAGGAUGCCACUUGCUCAAUCAAUUCUACCAUCGAUACCCUUUGUUGCCGCAUUGCUAUCUCGAAGCCUCAUUGUUGCAUGUUUAAUACUUCUGAUAAAUCGAAACUAUCUUUCAUCAGUCAUGAGGUCUCUGUGGUAAACUGCAGCCACAUACAAUAUAAACGAAAAAUCUGUUUGAGCAAUUAUUACCAAGGAUGUACAUCUAUGUGGUUGCUUGAAGAGUCAACAGGUUUCGAAGGUACAAAAACUUAGAUCGGUGGCGUAAGAGUCCGGAAAGGUUAAGGUUUCUCUCCACCAAGUUACAUUUGUUGAUUCUUCUAUUCAUUUGUUCAUUCUCUCGGGUUUAUUACAUAAGUAAACUUCAUGUAACAUAUUUUAUUUUUUCCGAUCAGUAGCUAAGUUAAAAUAAUUGACGAAAUUGUUAUGAACUCUUUUCAGAACGAGUAACUGUUGAUUCUUCUAUCAGAUUUACAGCA